CGGAGGAGGCAUUCUGCAGCCCCGCAGAAAUCUGAAACACAAUCACAAUCCAGACUAGAGUGCGCAAUGACAGUGCUAACCGAAGCAGAUUGAAUGUACUAUGCAGAACACAUUCAGGGAGCUUUGUUGAUAGGAGGUGGUAUUUAGCACAGUUAAGAUCUGACAAUCGUCGCUGGAGAAAGCGUGUAUUCCAAAUACAGUUGAAAACGGAAUGGGUUGCGGGGGCAGCAGGGCUGAUGCCAUUGAACCGAGAUACUAUGAAAGCUGGACCAGAGACACGGAAUCUACAUGGCUUACAAAUACAGAUACAGAUACCCCAUUGCAGGGCAUCACCAGCAAUACUAGUGGGUGUCCAGAAAACGCCGUCUUUACCAGCAGUAAGGAGAAUGGGACAGUUUACACAGGGAAGGGAGCAGAAGGAAAGACGGCCCAAACCUAUGUCACUGUGUCUUCAAGCGUAACAAACAAAGAAAAAAGGACAGUAAAUGCGGGUACACAGUGCACAAUUACUGCUGCUACAACCACACAGAAAAAGAGGACUGUCCUUCAGACUGAGCAACUACCAAGUGGAAAUCAAGACAAAUAUCCACCAAGGAAGUCGGCAUUGACAUUAAGAAAAGCGGGGCUAAAACAGGCGGACAUGUUCAAGAGACCGAUAUGAAGUAAACAAGGAAAGAGCUCCUGCACACAGGCAGAGGGGCACACAGUCUCUGAUAAAGAUACUGAGGGGUGGUGUUGACAUGGCUGGGGCUCUCUGAAUAGCAUCCACUUCUCCACUCGCUGACUCUAAAGAACUGACUUACCAAAGCACCUUUGCACCUUAACCAGGCUCGUCAUUGAAGAAUGGGAAUGAUGGGGAUGUUAAAAGGCCUAGCUGGAGCAGAGGGUCGCUGCAAAGUGCCUUGAAAGUUAAACUGCUGUCUGGACUGUCAUGGGAACUGCCUCUUUUUUGGAAGUGCUAAAUAUCUGAAAGCAAUCAGUAUUUCAGUUACAUUAGAUUCUAUCUGAUUAGGAAACUCAUUUUUCUAAACGGCAGGAUUCAAUGGAAAUUGAGUUGUAUUUGAGGUGCCAUUCCAUUUAUCAGUCCAACAUUAUGAAAGAACUGUGUAUAGGGCCUUAUACUAUAUCACAGAGACCACCUACCUUGUAAAAUAUGGUAUGUUGGUUCUAUGUUUCCAAUCACUAUUUCUCUGACAUGUACAGUAUACAGCAGAUUAGACUGUGUUUCUGUGGUGUGACAAAAGCAGCCUGCAUAAAGAUUGGCUGAUUAUUUUUUUAAGAAAGAAUGCGUAUGCAACAACAAUGCAGUAACUGGCAAAUUCUUAAAAUAACAUACAAGCUUACAACCUAAUCUGCAUACAUAAUGAUAAAAUAAAUCAUAACGGUCAUCAUAAUAAAGUCCUUCACCUGGAUGUGAUUAAUUGCAGAAUAUAGGACAAUCAAUAUAUAGAUAAAAGGGCUAUUGUCAAGCCUAAAAAAGCUACGUACAGCUCUUGCUUGUUGCUGUUUUUUUCUUCUGCUGAAUGUUAUUCUGCUAAAUAGUUUAACUAGACACUUGUAUUACAGAACUGUCUCUUAUACAUAAUAGAUAUUCAGUACAGAAUAGCAUUUGGGUAAUUUGAAAUGUUAAUUUCUGUUUUGUAUGUAUGUGACUUUCCUGAAAACAGUUGUCUGAAGAACUCUGGGCUUUGUUCACAAAGUUUGUGCUGACUCAGUUUUCAGUCUGAAUUAGUGGUUAUAAGGCUAAUUUUAAGUUGUGAAAAGUAAAGGAUUUUUCAUGGAAUGAUAGACUCCUUUUUUCUUGUAUGUUUGAGUUCGUGUGGUAUAAAGAUGCUGGUGUCCUCCUCAAAGAAUUGAACUGUUCUGAUUUGCAUGUUGUGCAGGGAUGAUGGUAAUAACAUAACACUUUUAGGCGUCAUCUACAAUGCCUUGUUAAGUUUCAUUGUUUAACAUUGAAAUCUCAGUGUUUCUGUACUAAGGGAUUCUUGCAUCAACUUUGUGGGACUUAGCAAGUACUGAAGGCUUCAGUUGUUUAAGACAAGUUUGUCAAGUUUAAGGUACAGGUGUCUUCAUAACAUAACAUAAUGAAAAAAAAAACUUUUUAUGUCACAUUGUGCAAGAUUUAGCCCUCUUUAAAAAUGCAGCACCAUGUUAUGUACACUUGUAGGUAACUUUUAUUUGUGAAACUGAUGAAAAAACUAUUUAUAAUGAAUUUAGAGUUUAAAAAAUAUUUCUUAACAAACUCGCCUCUUUUAUGAAAAAAAAAAAAAAAAUCAUUUGACAAAGAGACCUGUGACAGGCUGCUGGCAUGUGGGUGUGUCCAUUCGCUGCUGAGUGACAGUGGAGGUUGAAGUUGACACGCCCCGCGGGAUAUGUCGAGUGAGUGGUGUUUUUGUCUUUUUAAAGACGUAGUACCCAUUUAUUUUGUGACCAGUUUUUUGUUGUUUUUUUUUAUAAAUAAAUGUUUG